AUGCGAUGGCCAUGGUCCUCCGACAAAUCGCACCCGAACCCGGACAACGAUCAACAACAACAGGAACACUACUUCCCCACGCUCUGGUCGUCCUCGUCCUCACCAUCCCCUUCGAAACCCCGAGACUGGAAUACCUCACUCAACGCGACCGACUGGGCCGCAUUCACAGAAACCAGAACCCUCGUCCCAACGCUCAUCCUAACAGGAUCGAUCCUCGCUCUCGUGCGCAUUCACCGCCGCUACUUUCGCCGCUUCUCGGAUGCUACUAAGAUCUCGCCGUGGUUUUUUAGGAGGAGGAGUAUUUAUGGGCAGGUGACGAGUGUCGGCGAUGGGGAUAAUUUCAGGUUAUAUCAUACGCCUGGGGGGAAGUUGACAGGGUGGGGGUGGUUGCCAUGGAAGAAGGUCCCGACCCUGAAGAGGGAGCUGAGGGAUAAGACGGUGCACGUCCGUCUAGCCGGCAUUGACGCCCCCGAACUCUCCCACUUCGGCCGCCCUGAACAACCCUUUGCCCGCGAUGCACAUACCUGGUUAACAUCCUACCUCCUUCACCGUAAUGUCCAUGCCUACGUCCAUCGCCAAGAUCAAUACCAGCGCGUCGUCGCAAGUGUCUACGUGCGCCGCGCGCUAGACUUCCCCAUCCCGUUCCGCAGACGGGACGUCUCGUAUGAGAUGCUGAAGCGCGGACUAGCGACUGUGUACGAGGCGAAGUUCGGGGCAGAGUUUGGUGGCGAGGCUAUGGAAAAUAAGUACCGGAAAGCAGAGUGGUGGGCGAAAUGGAAGAAGAAGGGGCUGUGGGUGGAUUUCAGCGCGGAUGGGAAGGAUUGGGAGAGUCCGAGGGAUUAUAAGACGAGGAUGGGGGGUGCUAAGGUGACACAUGAGAAAGAGAAAGAGAAUGGGAAGGGGAAAGCAAACAAAGGGAAGUAG